AUGUCCGAAACCGAAGACGUCAAGCGUCCGCGCACCGAGAGCAGCACCAGCUGCCGCAAUUGCGGUAAGGAGGGCCACUACGCCCGCGAGUGCCCCGAGGCCGACUCCAAGGGUGACGAGCGCAGCACGACGUGCUUCCGCUGCGGCGAGGAGGGCCACAUGAGCCGCGAGUGCCCGAACGAGGCCAGGUCCGGCGCAGCUGGUGCUAUGACGUGCUUCCGCUGCGGCGAGGCCGGCCACAUGAGCCGUGACUGCCCCAACUCCGCGAAGCCGGGUGCGGCCAAGGGCUUCGAGUGCUACAAGUGCGGUCAGGAGGGUCAUCUCAGCCGUGACUGCCCCAGCAGCCAGGGUGGAAGCCGCGGUGGAUACGGCCAGAAGCGCGGCCGCAGCGGCGCACAGGGCGGCUACAGUGGCGAUCGCACGUGCUACAAGUGCGGUGACGCCGGCCACAUCAGCCGUGACUGCCCCAACGGUCAGGGCGGGUACAGCGGCGCGGGUGACCGCACAUGCUACAAGUGCGGUGACGCCGGCCACAUCAGCCGUGACUGCCCCAACGGUCAGGGCGGGUACAGCGGCGCGGGUGACCGCAAGUGCUACAAGUGCGGCGAGUCGGGCCACAUGAGCCGCGAAUGCCCCAGCGCCGGGAGCACUGGCAGCAGUGACCGCGCAUGCUACAAGUGCGGCAAGCCUGGCCACAUCAGCCGCGAGUGCCCGGAGGCCGGUGGCAGCUAUGGCGGUUCCCGCGGCGGCGGUGACCGCACGUGCUACAAGUGCGGCGAGGCCGGCCACAUCAGCCGUGACUGCCCCAGCAGCUAA